AUGGAGUCUCCGGAAAGGGGGAUGCCGGCGGCGGGGAUCGCCAUGGAGAUCCCGGCGGGGGAAGGGGUUACGGCCUGCUCGCCUCCGACCAUGCCUCCGUGGCUCCGGAGGAAGCUCUCCGAGCCGAAGACGCCGCCGCCUUCUACUGUUGAAGAAAUCCAAGCCAAACUCCGUGAGGCUGAUAUUAGACGUCAGAAAUUCUAUGAGAGUUUAUCAAACAAGGCUAGGCCAAAACCGAGAAGCCCCUUACGAUCAUCGUCUCAAGAAGGUGAUCUUGGACAACGCCUCGAGGCUAAGCUCUUAGCUGCUGAAGAGAAGAGAUUGAGCAUCCUGGCGAAUGCGCAAAUGCGCCUGGCUAAGCUCGAUGAGUUGCGGCAAGCCGCUAAAUCACAAGUGGAAAUGCGUUUCAAAAGGGAACGUGAUGAGUUGGGUACAAAGGUUGAGAUGCGGGUUCGCCAGGCGGAGGCCAACAGACUGCGUAUUCUUCGAGCUCAUCGCCAAAGGAGAUCGAAUCUGAAAGAGAGGUUAUCACAGUCAUUAAUGCGGCGUAUGGCUCGAGAGAACAAGUAUAAGGAACGAACAUGUGCUGCAAUGUUCCAAAAGGGGGCGAAUGCAGAGAAAAAACGGAUAGGUUUGCUGGAAGCAGAAAAACGGCGAGCUCGUUCAAGGGUCUUGCAGGUGCAGAAGGCUGCCAGCAAUAUUAAUAGCCUGCGAGAGAUGGAAAGAAGUGAAAUGAGGAACAAGCUCGAAGACAGAUUGCAGCGGGCGAGGAGAAACAGAGCAGAAUAUUUGAAGCGGAGGGGACGACCGUAUAAUGCUAUUUAUAAUAGCUGGGAAACAAUUCAUGAGGAUGCUGAAGUCCUUGCUAUUAAAUUAUCAAGAAUAUCUCGAUCUGCUCUUGAAUCUUCUGGAUCAUAUGACAUAGAUCACCUCCUCAAGCGAGUAGCCUCCCCCAAGAAGAAUACACCACGGAGAUCUUCAUCGGCCGAAAAAGCUGCCAAAACUCCUUCUCAGUUGUCGAGGUACCAAGUGAGGAUAGUUCUCUGUGCUUACAUGAUAUUAGGUCAUCCAGAUGCUGUUAUCAGCGGAAAAGGCGAGCGCGAGACGGCUUUGGUGAAAUCUGCUGAGAAGUUUGUGAAGGAGUUCGAGCUCCUGAUUAAGAUACUUCUAAAUGGGCCUUUACAGGUUCCUGAUGAGGAAUCUGAUGGUGUCGUGUUAAAGCGUCGGACCUUUAGGUCUCAGCUUGCAGCAUUUGAUUCUGCUUGGUGCUCCUUUUUGAAUAGCUUUGUGGUGUGGAAGGCUAAAGAUGCCAGGUCGCUUGAGGAGGAUUUGGUAAGGGCUGCAUGCCGACUCGAACUUUCUAUGAUUCAGACCUGCAAAAUGACUCCUGAAGGGGAUAAUAGUGCUCCUCUUUCACAUGACAUGAAAGCUAUUCAGAAACAGGUGUCUGAAGAUCAGAAACUUCUGAGAGAGAAAAUCCUACAUCUGAGCGGAGAAGCCGGUAUUGAGCGUAUGGAAGAUGCAAUUUCCGACACUCGAACCAAAUUUUUUGAAGCAAGGGAGAGAGGCAACAUGAUUAUUACACCAUUGACCCCACUUAUGUUAUCCCCCGCAAGUUCAGCUUCCCCUUCUUCACCUGGUAGCUCAGAAAAGGCCAAAAACUCAUCUGUGACCUCUCAAAAGCAAAGUUCAGUGGUUCGGUCAUUAUUCAGGGAUGAAAUUGUUCCCAAGGAAGUCAGUUCCUCUAAAGGGAGUUUGGAUGUGGAGAAUCUUAGAAUUGUAAACGAAUAUGUUCAUGGGGAGCCCCUCUCUUGGGCCGAUAGCUCCAAUUCUGCUGGCUACUAUCAAGAGGAUGCCAUGGCUAAGAUAAAAGAGACUAUGGAGAAGGCCUUCUGGGACGGCAUUGUUGAAUCCAUGAAACAGGAUAAACCCGACUAUAGCCGUGCUGUGGAGUUGAUGAGGGAGGUGAGGGAUGGAAUUUGUGCAAUGGCCCCUCAUAGCUGGAGAAGAGAAAUUACAGAAGCUCUUGACCUGGAAAUUUUUGCUCAGGUGCUCUAUUCUGGGAAAUUAGACAUUGAUUAUCUUGGGAAGAUCCUAGAAUAUGCAUUAGUCACUCUACGGAAGCUCUCAGCAUCGGCUUAUGAGGAUGAACUGAAGAAAAAGCACCAGCAAUUUAUAAAAGAUCUGGCAGACACUUGUCAGGCCAGUGUUGGCUCACAGAAUUCACAAGUGAUUGCCUUGAUCAAGGGGCUGCGCUUUGUCCUCGAACAAAUCCAGGAUUUGAAGCGAGAAAUCAGCAAGGCGCGUAUCAGGAUGUUGGAACCACUCUUGAAGGGACCCGAAGCUUUGUAUUAUCUCGGAAAAGCUUUCACAGCCCAUUAUGGGCAGCCUUUAAAUGCUCUAUCAGCCUUACCUUUGACGAAAAAUUGGCUUUUGACUUCACGACAAGGUAAAGACGAGGAAUGGAACGAACACAAGAAUUUGCUGUCUGAGCUGACAAAGAAAGAUGAGAAGAGUUCACCAAAUUAUCUUCCUUCAACAACUCUCAGAACCGGAGGAAGUUCGCUAGUUAAACUGACGACUGGCAGCAGUCAAGCUGACGAAGUUGUGUUUUCUUCUUCUGCUGCGAAAGCUACAAGUUAUAUUGAUUCGGUCCCAGAUGCUGGCAUUGAUGACAUCAUCGAUGUACUCACCUCGUCUAAAGAUGAGGAGAACAGUGAUUUAUUGCUUGACUCGGCCAAGAUUCAGCCUAUGAAGGAGAUAAUGUCUGGAAUGUUGAAAAGGAGUUUGCAAGAAGAUGACCCGGUUUUCGCACGUGUUUCUCGAGCCAUGUACUUGGCUAUGAGAGGAGUUGCUUUUGGAGGAACUGGAAAAAGAGGGAGAGAAUUGGCUGAGGUGGCAUUGCAGAAGGUUGGGGCUGGUCUGCUCGUUGAUGACGUGGCGAGGGCUGGGGCUGUGCUGGUGGUGACGGCUAAAGUGUCGGUUAUUGUUCACGGGCCUUGGUAUGCGAAUUUGACGAGGGAGUGA